CACAUUGAGCCGCAGUACAAAGUCAGUCACAGACGGAGAGAGAGGGAGCACGAAGUAACAGCUCGAGUAACGACUUGAACACUUCCUUAAACCACUGGUGAAGACUUGUUAUUUUUAAAGUCAAUCCUCCGGGAGAACUGCGGUUCCACAAAAACUCAAACCCGCGACAAACAAAGACACUUUUCCUGCUCAGCGGAAAGAGGCUUAGGUGAGUAGUCACCAUGGCACCCUUCCUGCGAAUCGCCUUCAAUGCCUAUGACGUGGGCGUUCUGCCUCCUCUGUCUGAACCUCCCAUCUGUGCCAUCAAGAUGAAGGAGUCUGUCAACACAGAGCGAGGAAAGACCUUGGUCCAGAGGAAGCCCACCAUGUACCCACCCUGGAAGUCCACUUUCGAUGCUCACAUCUAUGAGGGGCGAGUCUUAGAAGUGGUCCUCAUGCAGAGUGCCGAGGAACCGUUGGCCAAGGCCACGGUUGGAGUGUCUGUACUGGCAGAACGCUGUAAGAAGUCCAAGACCAGCAGCCGUGCUGAGUUCUGGUUGGACCUGCAACCUUCAGGGAGGGUCCAGAUGGUUGUGCAGCUCUUCCUUGAGGACACUGAUGCAGCGUCGUGUCAGCAAUCAGUGAAGGGUUCUUGCGAGGAUGGACUCACGACCCUCACCAAGAGGAGAGGAGCGUUCAAGCAGGCCAAAGUUCACAUCAUCAAGAACCACGAGUUUACCGCCACCUUCUUCGGCCAACCCACCUUCUGCUCUGUCUGCAGAGAGUUUGUCUGGGGGCUCAACAAGCAAGGCUACAAGUGCAGACAAUGCAAUGCGGCAAUCCACAAGAGAUGCAUCGAUAUGAUCAUCGGCAAGUGCACUGGGACAGCAGCCAACAGUCGGGACACUGUGUUCCAGAAAGAGCGCUUCAAGAUUGAUAUGCCGCAUCGCUUCAAGCAACAUAACUAUAAGAGCCCCACUUUCUGUGACCACUGUGGCAGUUUGCUCUGGGGUCUCUACAAACAGGGCCUUAAAUGUGAAGAGUGCGGCAUGAACGUACAUGGUAACUGUCAGACAAAAGUGGCCAAUCUGUGUGGAAUCAACCAGAAACUACUGGCAGAGGUUCUGUCUCAAAUCAGCCAGAAAUCAAUCAAGAAGUCUGAUGACUUCAAUUCAGAAGAUGUUGGGAUCUAUCAAGACAUCAAUAGAGCAACAGUAGACCCUAGUGCAGACGGCAAGGGAGGCAUUGGCUUGAGCACAGACACACCUGCAGUUCCCCGGGUACGCCUCAACAUGAACCACCUGGUAUUCCACAAGGUGCUGGGAAAAGGCAGCUUUGGCAAGGUGCUGCUGGCAGAGCUGAAGGGGCAGGGCCAGUACUUUGCUGUGAAGGUCCUGAAGAAGGAUGUCGUUCUCAUGGAUGACGACGUGGAGUGCACCAUGGUGGAGAAGAGAGUCCUGGCGCUCGCCUGGGAGAACCCCUUCCUCACACACCUCUACUCCACAUUCCAGUCGAAAGAGCACCUCUUCUUUGUAAUGGAGUACCUGAAUGGAGGCGACUUGAUGUUCCACAUCCAAGACAAAGGCCGUUUCGAUCUCAACAGAGCCACAUUCUACGGUGCUGAGAUAAUAGUGGGACUGCAGUUCCUCCACUCAAAAGGAAUCAUCUACAGAGAUCUGAAGUUGGACAAUGUGAUGCUGGACAAGGACGGACACAUCAAGAUAGCAGACUUUGGCAUGUGCAAAGAGAGUGUGUUUGGAGACGUCAGAGCCACCACGUUUUGUGGGACACCAGACUAUAUCGCACCAGAGAUCCUGCUAGGACAGAAGUACACCUUCUCAGUAGACUGGUGGUCUUUUGGCGUGCUGGUGUACGAGAUGCUGAUCGGUCAGUCGCCGUUCCAAGGCGACGAUGAGGACGAGCUGUUUGAGUCCAUCAGGUCGGACACCCCUCACUACCCUCGGUGGAUCCCCAAGGAGGCCAAGAACCUCAUUGAACUGUUGUUUGAGCGAGAUCCCAGUCGCAGGUUGGGUGUGGUGGGCGACGUCCGUGCUCAUCCGUUCUUCAAAACCAUCAACUGGCUGGCACUGGAGAAGAAAGAAAUGGACCCUCCUUUUAAGCCCAAAGUGAAAUCCCCCAGUGACUGCAGCAACUUUGACCGAGAGUUCCUCAGCGAGAAGCCGCGGCUCUCCCACGCAGACAAGAACCUCAUAGAUUCCAUGGACCAGGCAGCGUUCGCUGGCUUUUCCUUCAUCAACCCCAAAAUGGAAAACAUGAUUAGCAAAUGAAAAAAAAACUAAAUGGCUCCUUUGGGAACACGGUCUUAGCCCUGGACUUGGAAAUAGGCUCGAAGUUCAACUGGAUGGAUAACAAGAACAUGAAAAUAUUUGGGCUUGACUAUGACUUCUUUAGUUCGUCCAUCAGAGGUAAAGUGAAACCAGGAUGUAUGCUGGCGUCUAAAGCAAAAAUCUUGUCUCGGCUGUCAAACUGUAUAGGUGUAUAAAAGAAUACAAAGCUCCAGGAAGUUAAGGGAGAUUAUUAUAAUCAAUGCUGGGGAGGGAUAGUCAAUGAUGCAUUCUGUGUUUUCUUACUUUUCAUUUUUCCUCGUGAUGACACCUUGAAUCUAAACAAAUCAUCGAAUGUACUGUAUUUAGAUUCACAGGACUUAAAUCCCUCUGAAUUGAAGGAACGUUAUUGCAGAACCGAAGAAGUUCCUCCAUCACUUACUGCACUAUCUUGAGAAAUUGGAGGUGCUCUAAGCACAUCCCAGACUCUCGCAUCACCUGACAAGCGUUAAUCGGUUUUAAAUUUUGUCAAGUAUUUUAACGUGCCCUUAGUGUCAAAAAACUCUCUGAACAUCAAAAUGAAGCAUCGUGCAAACAAUCGCUCUUUUUGAUUUUCUGCGCUGUCACCACUUAUUGGACAGCUGUGGUAUGGUACUUAACCUGCAUAUGUGUUGAAGGAUGUGUUGUUUUGUGUGGGAGGUAUGGGCAUUCCACUGUAAGCAUUGGGUCUUUGAAAUGUGUUAUGUUACUUUAAUGUAGGGCUUUUAACAUGAAAAUAAUAGUGCUGUGUAUGGAAAAUUAACAUGUACAUUCUAAUGAACUGCAUGUGAGUUGUGGGUGUUUUUUUUUUUUUUUUUUUUUUUUUAAAUCAUCUUUUACAUCUGAUUAUAAAUAAAUACAUUGUAAACUCUUAAAUCCCUGUCAGCCAGUGUCACUUGAUUACAUUUAGUUUUUCAUUUACAUUGUGUUGGAGAGUGAUGUAUAUCACACGGCUUCAUGUGUAGACGCUCUUUCAAAACAAAAAUGAUUUUGUAAAGACUAGCAUACCAUAGAAAUUCCAGUACUAAUCACUGCAUUCCUGCUGUUAUGGCGUGGUCCUCUGGUCGCUGCUGGUUUCCAGCCAUUGUUUGCUAGAUUUUAAGGAGCCGACAUUGGACACAGUCUGUAGUGCCUCACCUCAGAAAAACGU